AUGCGCAUGUUCUGGCCCAUCCUCACCGCUCCCGGCAUCUGUUUCGUAAGAUGCACUCAAGCGCUGAUCGAUAACGAACCGGCAAAUGUUGCUACUAUCAGCUCAAGCGCGAUUCCACGACCUGACAAGAACUCAUCCGAUCUGGACAGUUCUGUGGAGUCGUACGGCUCAGCUGUGGACACAUCCGCGUCCGGUGGUCAACGUAUGGAGUCGAUUGGUCCGAUUGUAGACGAGAUCGGCCAUGGAGAUAACGAGCAGGAGCAGCGGUUUGCUCCUAUGGACCUCGUGUCAUCUUUGCCCGCGUCAGUAAUUCGAGCCAAGAACUUCGUGAUGACGCGGCUUCAUCAAGACCGCGUCAGGAUUGACAACGAGCGCCUUAACGAUGAUUACGAUCUUGUAGAAAAGGAAGCUAUCGAAGACUGGAUUGCGUCAGUCUUUGAAACAGAUGAAACGGAAAAGUCAUAUGCACGUAAUAAGAUCAUAAAUGUGUUGACGAAGAACAAACCGCCAGAGGAGGUGGUCAAGACACUGGCAGCUAUUCGAUCAAUGGACGAAUAUCCUCGCGAUGUCGCCAUGCUGUACAGAGCACUAGCCCACCACUAUACUAAAACUCCUGAUGUACUGCCCAAGGCGUGGGUGAAGUUGAAAUUCAAACCUGAAGACAUUUUCCGACUCCUCGACCUCAGACAAGAUGAGGGUGAUGUGCUUAAAACAGCAGCCGAUGCCGCAAUUCAGUGGAUCAAAUACACUGAGCUGUUCAAAAAAGAGAACAAGCACUAUGCGAUGACAGCUGAAGUCGAGGCGAAACUGUUGUUCGAUGGCAGGAAAAAAGACCAUGUGGACGCUCUAAUCGAAAAGGUUAUAAGAGCAGGAGGAGAGAAAGAAUUCGCAAAAAUGCUGCGUGAAGUUCAACGCGAUGUGGCAAAGGAGACGAACAUGCAUCGCAAGACCACUGGACGUAGAGCGGAACGGCGAUGA